AUCGGCAUUCGAUACGUCGAGGAAGGAAUUGACCGCGGAACGCGUGGGUGGGUGGGUCCAGCUCGGAAUGACCAUGAGGAUGGAGGGUGACGUGGCGAGCUGUGUUGCCCGUGUGGACAGGAGCAAAGCCAUUCACACUCCGCACCACCCUGGGGGGUGUGAAACUGUGAACCAGGGGACGAAAGAGAGGAGACGAUCGAGGAGCUUGACGAUCAGAAAGCCAAUGAAAAACACGGGGUAAAAACGACGGCUGCUGUGCAUGCAUUGCAGGCAGCUGUAUGACUGACUACUCGAUCCACUCCUGUCAACCUGCGGACGCGGCCCGCCCGGUCUCGCCUUCCACAUUCACCAACACCGUACGCGUUCCUUUUAUCAACUCGCGCCACCUGGGAAUCUAAAAACAUUACGGCGAGCGGCGUGAGGAAGGAGAGACGAAGGGGCUCAUCGCCGUGCGCGCGCAGCCGAAGUGCCUCGUCGACCGCCGGCCACAAGCGCGUCGUUUUCAUCAGGGGAGAGAGUGAUCUGGCUGGCCCAGAAGCAUGCAAAGCCAGCAGCUCCCUGGGUCUGCGCCGGGGCGAGCUCCUGCUAGAAGGAAGCUGAAGAGACCGGCCGAGACGUCCGGCCGCGAGGAACCCGACGAGGAGGAGGACGAGGAGCUGGUCAAACGGAGCCGGAAGAUGAAGGCUGCGCAGACGUCAACGACGAGCGGCACAUCCGCCAUUCGUGGCCUGCUACAGGAUUUCUUCGAGCAGCAGCAUCGCCUGGACGUACGACGUCAGGAGACGACGGAGAGGCAGGCGCAGGAGCGGCUGUUCUUCGAGGACCAGUGGCGGCAGGCGAUGCAGAGGAUAGAGCGGGAGAGGCUGAUGCUGGAGCAGGCAUGGAUGGAGCGCGAGGAGCAGAGGAGGAUGAGGGAAGAGGCAAGGGCUGACAGAAGGCACGCGCUCCUUACUGACUUGCUGACCAGACUCCUACAAGGAGAUCUGUAGGGAAGGGGAGGGACUCCUUGGCCAACCCAACAAGGAAUUAACAUAGAUUAUGGGUCGGUAGAAGUUCUUUGUUUAUUCAUGCCCUUGAGGGUAUCAGGUUUCAGCACAUGUUCUCGCUAACUGGCAUGUUGUCAUAUGCUGUGCAAAAGUCUAUCUGAAAAAGAUGUAUUUUCUGCUAGAAA